GCGCCCGAGUUGCCGGCCUUGCCGGAGUCGGAGAUCACGGCUGCGGAGGCUGCCAAGCGCUGGGCCAACAAGGCGCUCGACAAGGCCUUGCACGAGCAGCUCAAGGCGGAGCAGUACCUCCAGGAGGCCCAGCAGAAGGUCGACGAAUGUCUCCGCAAGGAGCGGCAGGCUCAGCGUGACCUGGAGGAGGCCACCAAGCGCCACGCCAAGAAGGUGCUCCCUGCAGGCUUUGAGGAGAAGGCGCCUACCGCCUCGAGCAAGUCGGUGGUCCACAUCGAAGCCUUGCUCGUUGACCCCGAGUCCUUGGAGCUCGAUGUUGGGGAGACGGUGGACCUCUCUGGCCCAGAGUUCUCGGACCAUGAUCGCGAGCAGUUCGAGAGUUGGGUCACCUCGCACAAGCAGAACUGCGCCAAACUCCUCAAGCAGGCCUUUGAGAGCAUCCAAGAGGAGGCCAGGAAGGCCCAAGCAGAAUAUAAGAAGCAGACUGAGAUGUUAUCUAAGAAGCGUAAGGUCGGAGAGGCAGGCGAGGAGAGUGCGGGCGAGGUGCGCAGAGUGCCGGUGCCAGCCUCUGGUGAUGAGGACCUUGACGAGAUGCAGAAGCGCAAGGCCGCUGCACUUGAGGCUGCCAAGGCCAGGGCGGCCAGUGCUGAGGCCAAGGCUGAGAAGUGGUUGAAGGAAUGUCGAGCGGACAUCGUGGUGUUCGUGGAGACGCGCACUCGUGACUCCAAAUUUCGUGACAUGCUCAAGUGCGUGGGCAAACUAGGCUGGUGCUCGGUUGGCGGAGAGGCCGACGCCACGGAAGCUGACGACUCCAGUGCAGGAGUUCUGAUUUUGGCCAAGAAGAACCUUGGACUGUCUUCUCUGUUCUUGGAGGCCUCGGGCCGUUGGCACUCCAGCAAGUGUGCGAGGUGGUGUGUCGCCACGGUCAGGCUCAAGCAUGUGACCCUGACGGUCGUCCCCAUCUACUUGAUCUCAGGUGUGAGGUCUACAUGUGUGUCCCGCAACCUUAGCCUCUUGUCCGAGAUUGGCUCCAGGCUCUCGCAGGUUGCUGGGCCGCUUCUGCUGGUGGGCGACUGGCAGAUGGAAAUUUCCGACCUCGCGUCCACGGGCUUCAUGAAGGAGCUCGGGUUGGUCGAGGUGCCCAGCCCAGACGUCUCUGUAACUUGCACUGGGGGGCGAGGAGCCGCGAGUAAGAUCGACUAUUCCCUCGUGAAUGCGGGCUUCGCCCAGGCUGUCAAGUUCGUCGGCGUGGACCAGAGUGCUCCUUGGGGCACGCACUUGGCGCUGCAGUAUUGGAUUGCGUCGCGUCCUCGAUCCAUUCAUGGCUGGAAGCUGGUUGCCCCCCGUGCCCUGGACGUCGCGGCCAAGCCUGACAGUAUUAUCGACUUGGGCUGGGACGACGCGCGGGAGCAAGCCAGGCUUCUGCGGUGUGAGAGGCCGGCCCGUUUUCAGUCAAAUUUUAAUGCUGCCAGAGAUGCCCUGGCACAGCACGAUACUCCGAAGGUAUCCUUGCAGCUCGGCCAAGAGCUCAGCGAAUGGGCCUUGGCGCUUGAGCUAGUGCAUUGUGGGAAAAAGGGCAUCCCAG